AGCUGGCCGGAAGGGGACGGAGGAAAGGGGGCGGGGCGGAGGGUCGGCGGAAGUUGCGAUGCAUUGUGGUUGCGCCGGCUGUUGUGGAGUGCUGUCUGAAUGAAAGUGGCGCCGGGAAGCGACUGGACGUUGGGCUAAGGGGGCAGUGCGUUGGCGGCAGCAGCUCUCAGAGCAGCAGCCUUCUCACUAGUGGCGGCGAGUAGCGUUUGGGACCUGCCGCUCUCCCCUCUCACGUGUGGGGUGGAGAGGCUGUUCAGGGCGAAGGGUCCGACGGGGGCUCAGCUCCGGGCCCGGGGGGUGCAGCGGCCCCGGCCGCCCUGCCGCCGUGUCCGGGGCCAUGGCGCACAACAAGAUCCCGCCGCGUUGGCUGCACUGCCCGCGCCGAGGCCAGCCCGUGGCAGGGAAAUUCUUACCUCUGAAGACUAUGUUAGGACCAAGAUAUGAUAGCCAAGUUGCUGAAGAGAAUCGCUUCCAUCCUAGUAUGCUCUCUAACUAUCUGAAGAGCCUAAAGGUUAAAAUGGGUCUUUUAGUAGAUUUGACAAAUACUACAAGAUUUUAUGACAGAAAUGACAUUGAAAAAGAAGGGAUCAAAUAUAUAAAGCUUCAGUGUAAAGGCCAUGGGGAAUGCCCUACAGCUGAGAACACAGAUACUUUCAUUCGUCUAUGUGAGCGUUUUAAUGAGAAGAAUCCUCCUGAACUUAUAGGUGUUCACUGUACUCAUGGUUUCAAUAGAACUGGUUUUCUCAUAUGUGCCUUCUUGGUUGAGAAGAUGGAUUGGAGUAUUGAAGCAGCAGUUGCUACUUUUGCUCAGGCCAGACCACCAGGAAUCUAUAAGGGUGAUUAUUUGAAAGAACUUUUUCGACGUUAUGGGGAUGUAGAAGAAGCACCUCCCCCACCUUUAUUGCCAGAGUGGUGUUUUGAGGAAGAAGAAGAGGAAGAUGAAGAAGAGGAUGGAAAAAAGGAAUCAGAACCUGGAUCAAGUACUUCCUUUGUUAAAAGGAGAAAAGAACGCUUAAAAUUGGGUGCCAUUUUCUUGGAAGGUGUGACAGUUAAAGGUGUAACCCAAGUAACAACUCAACCAAAGUUAGGAGAGAUACAGCAAAAGUGUCAUCAUUUCUGUGGCUGGGAAGGGUCUGGAUUCCCUGGAGCACAGCCUGUUUCCAUGGACAAGCAGAAUAUUAAAUUGCUAGAGCAGAAUCCAUAUAAAGUAAGCUGGAAAGCAGAUGGUACUAGGUAUAUGAUGUUGAUUGAUGGCACAAAUGAAGUUUUUAUGAUAGAUAGAGACAAUUCAGUCUUUCAUGUGUCAAAUUUGGAAUUCCCCUUCCGUAAAGAUCUUCGCAUUCAUUUGUCUAACACACUUUUGGAUGGGGAAAUGAUUGUUGACAAAGUAAAUGGACAGGUCGUUCCUCGGUACUUGAUAUAUGACAUAAUUAAAUUUAAUGCACAGCCAGUUGGAAAUUGUGAUUUCAACACUCGAUUGCAGUGUAUUGAAAAAGAAAUAAUAAAUCCUCGGCAUGAAAAAAUGAAGAAUGGACUCAUUGACAAAACACAAGAACCAUUCAGUGUUAGGCAUAAGCCAUUUUUUGACAUCUCUACUUCAAGAAAGCUUCUUGAAGGAAGUUUUGCUAGAGAAGUCAGUCAUGAAGUAGAUGGACUUAUCUUUCAGCCUAUAGGGAAAUACAAACCUGGUCGGUGUGAUGAUAUUUUGAAAUGGAAACCUCCCAGUCUGAAUUCUGUCGAUUUUCGCCUAAAAAUAACAAGAAUGGGAGGAGAAGGGCUGCUUCCCCAGAAUGUUGGCCUUCUUUAUGUUGGAGGUUAUGAAAGACCAUUUGCACAAAUUAAGGUGACAAAAGAACUAAAACAAUAUGACAACAAAAUUAUAGAAUGCAAAUUUGAGAACAACAGCUGGGUCUUCAUGAGACAAAGAACAGACAAAAGCUUUCCAAAUGCUUAUAACACUGCCAUGGCUGUAUGUAACAGCAUCUCAAACCCAGUCACCAAGGAAAUCCUCUUUGAGUUCAUUGACAGAUGUAUGACAGCCUCUCAAGGACAAGUGCGCAAGCAUCAUCUGGACCCAGACACAGAACUCAUGCCUCCUCCACCUCCUAAAAAGCCACGUCCUGGGAUCUAAUUUCAGAAUUUAGAAAGAAUAAGUGGGGAAAAAAAACCAAAAGACCUGAUAUUGCUUUACAGUUUUGUAGCCAGAGAAACUUAAAAAAAAAUCGUGAACUAUACAUUUUAGAGGAAAGAGGAAGAAAUAACAACAAAAAUCAGUAUUGUAGCUAUCCUGUAAAUAUUUGAUGCAUUUUCUCCAGUGCUACAGUACAUCAUGGACUUGAACGUUUUCUUUUUACUUGAUAAACACAAGCUUACCUUGUAAAAUCUGAAGUUUGAAAUAUCCAAAGGUUUAGAAAAGAUUAGAAUCAGUGGAAUGAGGCCUUGUUUAUAUAUGGAUAUCUUUCACCUUUAAUUUAUAAUGUUACUAAUCUGGAACUGUGAGUACAGGAAACACUGAAUUUUUAGGGACUAUCUUUCGAAAGUAGUUAAGUUACAAAUUUUUUCCUUUUUCUAAGUGGUAGAGUUAGAUUUGUUUAUCAUAGAUUUCCUACAUUUCAGAGAUUGAUGUGUUUAAAAAAUAGUAGAAUUGUUCAAGUAUAAUACUAGUAAAAUGAGUUUUUCUCAUUUUAAUGCUAUCUUUUUGUGGGAAGAAAAUAUUAAAAACAAAAAUGGAAACUUUAUUGUUGUAAUUACCAUCCUUUCUAAAGGAAAUCUAUUAGGUAUUUUUAUCUGCUUCUGUUAUUUGAACUCUCAUAUCUUAUGUAUAGAAUGCCAAUUUUAGUUUUGCUUUUCUAAGUUUCCUCAUAGAAAAGGUGCACACAUUAAAUCACUGUAUGUAGCUCUCUCAUAAGAGACUAUUUCUAAUGAAAGGACUACUUCAGUUUAAUCUUCCACAGUGAUGACAAUGCAUUGUACAUGACAUUAAAACACAACUCACUGUGAUAUGCAAGAGUGAUAACCAAUACAAAUUAUCUCGUGUUAAUUCCCCUGAACAAAAUAGCAAAGGAAUGCCAGGUGACUUCUCUGAUUAGGCACUGUCAGUGGAAUAGAAUACUGUCAUGGAAAAACUGUUUCCCAUUGCCAUAAAAAUACAGAGGCAAACAGUAGAUACUUAUUGAAACUAAACAUCAAGAAAACCAGAAUAUUUAUUUUCAUAACCAGUGUUGGCUGUUCUAUACCAGUGACAUUAUUUUUGUGAUACCAAAUGAUCCUGGUAACAAGAAAAUUGAUGGAUGUUUGUACUUGGGACAGGUCAUUGAACCUUCUUCCACAUUCUGAUUGAAGAGCUUUGUUUUGAUUUGUAUGUAGAGUAACACAAUUAAUAACCAGUAUAUUUUAAGGAGUGUAGAUUUUAAAGGUUCUCCGUACAUGUAUUAAGAUCUUCACAGACCAUAUUUUAUAUGUGCAUUACUGUUCAAGGGAUAAUAUAUGUUUCUCAAUAUAUACCUACAUAUGAAGAAUCUAAAUGCAUUAUUUGGUCUGAUUACCUGACAGGAUUUUAUCUGCCAGGAUUCAGUUAUUACUAAAAAUACAUUUCUAGUCAUCUGGAUUUUAAUGUUUAUAAACAAAAUUUUCUCUUAUAUUGAUUUUUCUAUACAAAACACCAGGGUCAUGUUUCAUGAAGAUGUUUUUGUUCUACCAUGUUGUAUGAUAUAUACUGUGGGUUCAUCCCAAUUGCUAUUUUCAUGUUUCUUUCCUAGGGAGUUUGUGUAUAUUAGGACACUGAAAAGGUUAAAUUAGCUGCUUAUUGAAGUGACAGAUGUGAAGAGGGAAAUGCUCAUGUUUCCAUAGCAUCUUUUAUACAAAGUAAAAUGUGGGGAAUUUCCUAUGCAAGGUUACAAAAUUGGUUUAAACCAUGCUAAUAAGCCUUAUACAGAUUUGAUGCAAAAAUCCUAUGCAACUCUGAAAGGUACUCCAUACAUUAUUGAGAGCAGUGACUUCCUUUUGUCUAGCUUAUAGGUUUCUUAUCAGACUACAUAAAAAUAUAGCCCUUGUAUGAAGAAAAUUUAUAAUUUACUUUUGUCAAUUAUCUUUAAUGUAGUUAAAAUGUCUAUGAUAAUUGUAACUUUUAAAGGAGUUAUGUGAAAAGAACGUCUCCCCUUUAAUACAUCCAGAUAUUUUCUCUCUUUGUCUAUAUGCAUUUCAGUCAAACUUUUCUUAAUUUAUCCUGCCUUUUUUUUUUUUUAAACUGCAGUGCAGUAUAAUAGUCUGUCUUCCAGUUCUAUCCUGUUUAGUUCCUGAGUGCAUUCACUACUGCCCUCUACAUCUUUAAAAGCAUUCUAAAAGUAAACUAGAAAAUUAAAUUUCCAAUGAAAAACCUAAAGCCAGACUUUAGGACAGCCGAAAGGAAGAGCUGACUACUCUUUCCAUCUCAUGCCACUUUAUACCACAAACAUUCUGAGACUAAUCUUGUGGACAAGAUUAAGAUACUCUUCAGCUCCUAAAAACAGAAUGUGAAGCCCUCUGAUUUGUGGCUUAAAAAAAGGUGUGUAAUAACUGUCAAUUUUUACAUAUAUCAUUUAUUUUCAAUUAAGUGCUCAGAAAAUGUUAGGAAAAUUUCUCCUAAAAUUGUGUUUCAAAGAGUAUUUUAAUAAAGCAAGUGGUUUAAAAUAA